ACCAUAUAUAAUAUAAAUGAACUUUUUAUAAUUGUCAUAAUUUCAACAUUCUGUAAUUUAUUUACGAAGAUCCUAUAUGUUAUUUCUGCAAGAAAUAAUAUAUAGGAUGAAUUGUUACUUUUAAUUUAAACAUGUUAACCUCAAAUAUCUUUUUCGAAUACAAACGUACGUAGCUCGAAAGAUUGGUGUAAAAUAUUUUAUUAAACACUUUACAUAUGAAUUACGUGCAAAGAAGGUUAAUUGAGUAAUAUUGUUAUUUUAGUGAGAUUUUUAAGGAUUAUAGCAACAAGUUUAUGAUUAUUGCAUGUUGAACAUGUUAACAUUCAUUAUACUAUGAGGAAUAUACCUAUAUUUCUUGUUUUGAUAUCCUGUGCAUUAGCAUCUAAAGAUAAAUUAUUACAUUAUGUGACUGAUGAAGUUGCAGGAGGUUCAUACAAAUAUUAUAAUUUAGCAUACGAUGGUUUUAUUAGAAUAGUGUUAAUAUCUGAGGUUGGAGAUACAGAUUUAUAUGCUUCGCAAAUAACAACAAAACCAACAUACGAACCAGAUCAAUAUUGUCUUCAAUCUGCUACAUGUGGGGAUGAUGUUAUUGUUAUUCCUAAUAGCUUUAAAAGACCAGUUAGUAUAGGAAUAUAUGGACAUCCAUCACAUGAAAAUAGUAAAUAUAUUCUUUUAGUGUAUGAAACAACAGAUACAGAAAACAUAUCAUUUAAAAGAAAUUUAGAUAUUCAUAAUGAGGUAUAUUAA